UUGUCUUUGGAUAAAGAUAAGCCCUUUCACGAUCAAUAUCUUCUCUCUCGUUUAGUUUACUCUUCCCUCUCUCUCUUACAGUUUCUCUCUCCACCAAUACAUACGCGGUACAUGUAUCUAUAGAAAAACCUUCUCGACAACAGUGUAGGGGAGAUGUCGAUAGCCUUGCAGAGGAACAACUCAGGCGGCGGCCACCCGAUCGAAGGGCCAGGAUUCGUUCACUGCGAGAUGGCUUAUGUUUCGUCGCCUUAUGACCCGCCGGAGCUAUCAGCGGCCGAUCGGCUGUCUCCGGAGGCGGAGGAUGCAAGCGGUUCGUUGUCAUCUUCAUCCAGUUCUUCAAUUGGAAAGAACAGUGACGAGCAUCCCGGCGGCGGCAGCGGCAGUGAUGAAGAGGAAGUGCAGAGUCAAUAUAAAGGAGGACCAUUGGACAACUUGGAUUCUCUGGAGGAAGUUCUUCCUGUAAAUGUUGUCUCUCGUGAGAAUUGCCAGCUUCUUUGUUCUGCUAGUACUGGAUCUGCAUUGAAGAGCAUAUCAAAGUUCUACUCUGGUAAAUCCAAAUCAUUUACCAGCUUAUCUGAUGCUGCAUCAAUCCCCUCGAUUAAAGAAAUCACGAAACCAGAAAAUGCUUAUACAAGGAAACGUAAGAACUUGCUGGUCUUCAAUAACUUAUGGGACAAGAAUCAGAAUAGCAUUAUAAAGAAUCGCAUCGGCGGAAUAUCAAAAAGACCAACCAAUUCUAGAAGUAUGCUGUCUCUUGCAGCUAACAUGAACUGCUCUGAAAGCAAUAGUGGGGAAACCUCCAAUUCAAAUUCAUCACCACCUGGUUGCAGUCUUCCUCCUUUACCACCACAUGUCAGAAGAAGUAUGAAAAGUGAGCUGUCAUCAUCACCUCCUGUUGAUAAGUUUCCUUCAUGGCGGUCUUUCUCCUUAUCUGAUCUGCAAGGUGCUGCUGUGGCUGAAGCUGCUACUCCCAGCGCUGGUGGCUUAUGGAGCAAUAACACAGAGAAUUACAGCCAUAUAUAAAUUGUGUUUUCAUUUUAUAUCACCCUAUGAAUCUAAAUUAUGAUAGAUGUUCAUGGAGGUGGAGAUGUUUGUACCAUCUUCUUGCUUGUGCUCAUGCUUCUGCUCCUCGUAGUUGUUGUUUAGGCAUCACCUGUUCCCUUACAUCUUUAGAAUGUAAACACUGAAAGAUAUAAUUAGAGUUUGCAUCUGACUUUGUCUUGUUAUAUAUCUGAAUAAAAUUCACAUAGUCCUAGUGUCAAA